UGCAGCCGGAAUUGAUUGGGUGGGACAACGACGUGCUGAAACUCGCAACUCAGCCAUCAUGGUGCAGCCACCCAACAUGGACGACCUCAGCCUCUCCGACUCGGACACGGACGCCCUCUUCGACACGCCCGCCGCGCGCAAGAACAAGCAGCGCGCCCAGGAUGCAGGCGCCGACGGCGAGGGUGCAGCAGCAGGCAAGGCGCGCGCAGCAGAGUCGCAUUACACCACAGAAGAGGCCAGAGAAGCGGCGCUGCGGCGAGAGCUCGAGAGCGUGCGCAAUGUCAACAAAGUGAUCGAGGGCGUCGUCGAGAGCCUGCAGAAGGCCAAGGACAACAUGGGUACCGUCUCGAAGACAGUGCAGAACGCUUCCACGCUCCUCCAAACAUGGACGCGCAUUCUCUCCCAGACCGAGCACAAUCAGCGACUCAUCCUGAACCCACAAUGGCAGGGUGCCACACAGGACGUGCUCGACAUCGAAGAAGAGGAGAGCCACAGGAAGCAGGCCGUCGAACGUCGAGCAGCAGAAGAGCAGGCACGGCGAGAGGCUGCAGCGAGAAAGGCGGAAGAGGAUCGCAGGAGAGCAGAGGCAGGGCCGCCCAAGCCAGCAGUCAGAGGGAGAGGCAGAGGCACGCGACCACGCGGCACCCCAGCAUCGACCACCACAGGUGGUUAUGUUGGCGUCGGAGGGCAGACUGGACGUGGCGUCAGUCGCGGCGACUCAACGAGAGGCCGCGCCGGCAGUGGCAUUGGGCGAGGACUGCGCGGACGUGGGAGAGGCAGAGGGACUGAAUGAGCGCCAUGCUGGACCAUGCAGCGCCAGAUACAACAAUGAUACCCAAUACGACAUAUCAGCCAAUUCUUCAGUCUCCAAACCAUACGCAUGACAGUGUUCCAUGCGCAAAACGUACAGCGAGGCAAACUCCGGAAUACCAUUCGGAGACAUGCAAAAUCACAACGCCAAAGACCAUCUCUCGCCUAACCAUUUGUUGAACAGACACCGACGGGAUGCCACACAAGGUCAUCAGG